CUGGUACUGUUUGGAAGUGCCACACCACUGGAAUCCUGAAAUUUAUCGAACUCGGCAGCACAAAGUUAUUCGGCACAAGGCAUUCGGUAUAAACAUGACAAUGAUUUCCAAAACCACCCUGGGAAUUGCUGCAGGGAUUUGUGGGACAAUCUUCUUGGGCUAUUGUGUCUACUUCGAUAGAUGUAGGAGGAUGGACCCUAACUUCAAAAAGAAGCUCAGGGAGCGCCGCCGUCUCAUGAAGGCCAACCUGAAAAACACGAGCUCAAAGCUGCCGAACAUGAAUGACCACGAGGCCGUUCAGAAGUUCUUCAUUCAAGAGGUGCAACUCGGUGAAGAGCUCUUGGGCCAGGGAGACGUUGAAGGUGGAGUUGAGCAUUUGGCAAACGCCGUGUCAGUUUGCGGCCAACCUCAGCAGCUCCUCCAGGUGCUCCAGCAGACUCUGCCCCCACAAGUCUUCUUCCUACUCAUGCAGCAGUUGCCCACGAUCAUGAACAAGGGAUUCCCCAGCAACAACGCAACUGUUUCCGAAGACGAUGUUGAAUAAGAAAAGUUCGCUGUAGCAAAUUAAAUAAAUGAUCUGGCAGGAGAUGGCUUCUAACAAAAGUGUAGUGUAGCUGUGCCCAUGGAAGAAGUUCAACCCAGCCUUGUAGUAGAACGUUUUAAUGAACUGUGCAUAGACACUUACUCACUGAUAGACAUUUUCUGCAAUAAAUUCCCAUCUCGUUAAAAAAGAAAGUGUCACGCCAGGAUUGGUAUACCUUACGCGCCGCACGGAAAAUGUGGCUGUGUUAUGAAUGUUAUUUUGUGUUCCAGCAUGGCAAUAUUGUUGUUCGACAAAAUAAAACAAAACAGCAGGCAUUGUAAAGAAAUGCCUGUGCCUACACGUCUAAUGCUUGUCAAAUAAAAUAUAAAUAUAUAA